UGGCAUUUGCGAUGGUGGAGGUACCAACGACAUUGGUUGUGGUAUAUUUUGUCGUAGCAAUUGCUGCUGCUGCUGCUGCUGCUGCUGUUGUAACUGCAUCAGCUGUUGCUGACGACUAUACUCCAAUGGAUCGAUCAGACCUGGUUGUGGAGGCGGACGUCGUUGAAGAUGUUGUUGUUGUUGCAUUUGGAUGGGUAUCAUUUGUGAAGUUGGCAAAGAGGUUUGUCCUCCUACACCUGCUUGUUUUUGUUGCAUCAUUUGUGCUAACCGCUGUUGUUGUUGCAUGAGCUGCAUUUGUUGGUACUGUGGAUUAGUCAGGUUUGAAUGCAUUUCUGGCCGUUUUCUUGCAUAAAAAUAAAUAGAGACGAGAAAAGGAGAAAAAGAUGAUGCGAGAUUUACAGCCACUGUUAUGAGGAAAAAAAAAAAAUAAUUUAAACCGUUCCAAUUUUGACAUCCCCA